AAAUGUAAAUGAGCAGGUUAACAACCUCAGUGUUGCAAUGUUCUGACCUUAAAUCUGCUUGGAUAACCCUGCGGCGACAUUUGUCCUUUUGGAAUAGGGCAAAUAGUGUAUGACAGCAGGAAUCCAGCCAGGGCCCUGAGCUGUGAGGCAGAGAGAGAAGAGGACAGAAGAAUCAACAAGCUAGAGAUUGCUAAAACCAGCAUCCAAGUUGGCUCCUGAUUCCUGAUGAAACCAUCCCUCAGCUUUGAGAGGGAGUCUGUUAAAUCAUGAAACUAAUUGCCAUCCUUUUCCUCUGCUCCAGGCUGCUACCAAGUUUAACCCAAGAACCGUUCUCUGAGGAAAUUGACUGCAAUGAUGAGGAAGUAUUUAAGGCUGUGGAUGCUGCUCUGAAGAAGUAUAACAGUAAAAACCACACUGUCAACCAGUUUGUAUUGUACCGCAUAACUGAAGUCACUAAGACGGUUAACCCUAACAUCUUUUAUUCCGUUAAGUACCAGAUCAGGGAGGGUGAUUGUCCUGUUCAAAGCGGCAAAACCUGGCAGGAUUGUGACUACAAGGAAGCUGCAGAAGCUGCCACAGGAGAAUGCACAGCGACCGUAGGGAAGAGGGAGAAAGAAAAAUUUACCGUGGCUACCCAGACCUGCCAGAUUACUCCAGUCGAGGGCUCUGUGGUGACGGCCAAGUAUGACUGCCGUGGCUGUGUACAUCCCAUAUCAACAGACAGCCCUGACCUGGAGCCCGUCCUGAGACACGGCGUUCAACAUUUUAAUAACAACACUGAUCGUUCCUACCUCUUUACUCUUAAUGAAGUAAAACGGGCCCAAAGACAGGUGGUGGCUGGAUGGAACUUUCAAGUUACCUACUCAAUUGUGCAAACUAAUUGUUCCAAGGAGAAUUUUCUGUUCUUAACUCCAGAAUGCAAGCCCCUUUCAGAUGGUGAUAUCGGUGAAUGUACAGAUGAUGCAUACAUGGAUAUUCAGCAAAGAAUUGCUGACUACUCACAGGAGUGUGACAUUUAUCCAGGGGAAGAUUUUGUACAACCACCUACCAAGAUGUGUCUUGGCUGCCCCGCAGAUAUACCUGUCAACAGCCCAGAGCUGGAGGAGGCACUGACUCAUUCUGUCACAAAGCUUAAUGCAGAGAAUAACGAAACUUUCUAUUUCAAGAUUGACACAGUGAAAAGAGCAAAAGUACAGGUGGUGGCUGGAAAGAAAUAUUCUAUUGAGUUCACUGCCAGGGAAACCACAUGUUCCAAGGAAAGUAAUGAGAAGUUGACUGAAAGCUGUGAGAUCAAAACCCCUGGCCAAAGUCUAGACUGCACUGCUGAAGUUUAUGUGGUACCUUGGGAGAAAAAAAUUUACCCUACUGUCAACUGUAAACCACGAGGAAUGACGUCAUUGAUGAAAAGACCUCCAGGUUUCUCACCUUUCCGAUCAGUACAAGUAGAGGAAAUAAGAGAAGGAACAACUGUAAGUCCACCCCACACUUCCAUGGUUCCUGUACAAGAUGAAGAGCAGGAUCCAAGAAAAGAACAAGGACCCACUCAUGGGCAUGGCUGGGGCCACAAAAAGCAAAUAAAACAUGACCUUGGCCAUGGCCAUAAACAUGAGCAUGACCAAGGCCAUGGGCACUUUGGACCUCAAAAACAACAUGGUCUUGGCCAUGGACACCAACAGCAACAUGGCCUUGGGCAUGGACAUCAACUCAAACUUCACCUUGAUCUUGAACCCCAAGGGGGCCAUGGCCUCGACCAUGAAGAUAAACAGAAGCAUGGUCAUGGCCAUCAAAAACAUAAAAAUAAAGGCAAAAACAAUGGAAAACUCAAUGGUUGGAAAACAGGGCAUUUGGCAAGCUCUUCUGAAGACAGUACUACACCUUCUGCACAGACACAAGAGAAGACAGAAGGGCCAACGCCUAUUCCUUCCCUAGCCUGGCCAGAUGUAGCUGUUACCCAUUCUGACUUCCAGGACUCAGAUCUCAUUGCAACUAUGAUGCCUAAUAUAUCACCAACUCCUACAGAAAAUGAUGAUGAUUGGAUCCCUGACAUCCAGAUAGAACCAAAUAGCCUUUCAUUUACCCAGAUAUCAGAUUUUCCAGAAACAACCUCCCCCAAAUGUCCUGGACGCCCCUGGAAGCCAGUUAAUGAAAUGAAUCCAAAUAUGGAAAUGAAAGAAUCCCAUGAUUUCAAUCUCUCUGAUGCUGUUUAUUAAUUUAUGCAGCCAUAGAUAUUCCUUUAACAUUUCAUCAUCCCCUCUCCGCAUUGUCCACAAACAAAUAUUCCUGAUACAAUACACCAAAAACCAUGAAGCUUCAGAACAGCCUAGAGAGAAGCGGUGGGACUCCCAUUGGGGACACUGUCAAUCUCUGUGGACUACAUAAAAUUGUGUGUCAGAAUUCUGAAUCCUUUCUGAGUUUUCUAAACUAGCACAGAAAAUGGACAAACUAAUGUGCCUUAUAGCCUAUUGCAAUUUGCUUCUAUGAUAACAAAUAUGUACCUUAAAAUGUAUGCCAUCAAUUUUCAUACCAAUAUUCUUGACAUUCUAAAUAAACUGUGGCACCUGUUCCCUAAAAGCAUAUGAAAAUAAGGGAAGUCAGGGGACUGGAUGCUGAACUUAUUAAUUGGGUAAAAAAAUAAUAAUACCUAAAAAGUUCCAGAUGUCAAAAAGGGAUAAUAAGAAAGAAAUACACGUUGGCCAAAGGGAGGAAAGGGGAAAGUAAAUUAAUUGACUUUCUGUUUCCAGAAUGGGCUGGUUAUAUCCAAUAGGUACUCUCACCUGACAAAGCUAUUCUGAUAAUUACCUUUCUGGGUGAAAGUGUUUCUUUUACAUCAAUAAUUUCUGUUUACCCAUUAGCCACUCUUUGUAACAAGGCUUUCAAAUAGAAAUUUUUUGUUUAUUUUUUUCCCAAGGCUAGAUUGAAUAAUCCUUAGUUUUCAGAAUAAGGAUUACUGCUUUCAGAGGAAGUAAUAUAGAAGCAGGCUUACUAAAGAAACUUUUUUUAUAAUUGAAAAGUGAAUAUUAUGGGAUGUGAUGCAAACUUUGUUCAGAAAUUUUAUGAGGAUAUUUCUCUCUUGCCUCAUUUUAUGAUCACAUCACCUUUUUGCCAUGACAUUGAAGACCAUUGACUUUUGCAAAAAAGAACAGAUUGUCUUUCAUUGCCUUAUAGUGUAAGGAAGAUAUAUAUUUUAUAACCUGUGCUAUACUUUUGCCUAGAGAAACAAGAUAUGGCUUUAAACAGCUACACUUAUCUGUGGAUGCAUGUGUCACUGCUACUUCAAUUUAUUGGAUGCUUUUGAGCCUUGGAAUUUUUAUUUCAUUUUAAAUAUUGUCUGUACUUUUAAAUAAAGAACUAAUGAUGUCAGGAAAAUGUC